AUGGAUUCAUCUUCAGCACCCGGCGAGGGAGCCCUGCAGGGGCCCGAAGUCCCAGUCUGCAGGGACCCCGAAGCCCCAGUCUGCAGGGGCCCCAAAGUCCCAGUCUGCAGGGGCCCCGGAGCCCCAUCUGCAGGGACCCAAAGCCCCAGUCUGCAGGGGCCCCGGAGCCUCAGUCUGCAGGAGCCCCGGAGCCCCAUCUGCAGGGACACCAAAGCCCCAGUAUGCAGGGGCCCCGGAGCCCCAGUCUACAGGGACCCAAAGCCCCAGUCUGCAAGGGCCCCGGAGCCUCAGUCUGCAGGGGCCCCGGAGCCCCAUCUGCAGGGACCCAAAGCCCCAGUCUGCAGGGGCCCCGGAGCCCCAGUCUGCAGGGGCCCCGAAGCCCCAUCUGCAGGGACCCCAAAACCCCAGUCUGCAGGGGCCAUGGAGCCCCAGUCUACAGGGACCCAAAGCCCCAGUCUGCAAGGGCCCUGGAGCCCCAGUCUGCAGGGACCCAAAGCCCCAGUCUGCAGGGGCCCCGAAGCCCCAUCUGCAGGGACCCCAAAACCCCAGUCUGCAGGGGCCAUGGAGCCCCAGUCUACAGGGACCCAAAGCCCCAGUCUGCAAGGGCCCUGGAGCCCCAGUCUGCAGGGACCCAAAGCCCCAGUCUGCAGGGGCCCCGGAGCCCCAAGCUACAGGGACCCAAAGCCCCAGUCUUCAAGGGCCCUGGAGCCCCAGUCUACAGGGACCCAAAGCCCCAGUCUGCAAGGGCCCUGGAGCCCCAGUCUGCAAGGACCCAAAGCCCCAGUCUGCAGGGGCCCGGAGCCCCAGUCAUAAGUAUAGAUGUAGUGCAUGAGAAUUAUAAAGUGACAUAAAAAAGAAAUUACACAGGUAAAGUACUUAAGUACGGUAUUUGAGAAAAGUGUUUGAAACGGAUGUCAAACUGAUGAUUUGCAUCUAAAAUUCAAAUUGAUCUUUAUUAUGACAAAAAUAUGAAAACUAAUGUACAGAGCAGCAUCUUGGCGUAGCAUUAAAAAUGACUUCACA